GGGAUUUGUAGUUUUUAUGUGCUACGGACGCAAUGGCGGAAGCAGUGACUGAAGGUGGUGCUGCUUCUGUUGAUUCCGUGUCUGGUGCGAUGGCUUAUUUACAGAAUGGGAAAUCAGCUGAUCCUCUGAAUCUGGGUGAUCUGGAUCUCACAACAGAUGAGUUCAUUCUGGAUGAGGUGGACAUUCACAUUCAAGCAAAUCUUGAGGAUGAUCUGGUGAAGGAGGCUCUGAAGACGGGUGUUGACCUGCGACAGUACUCGAAACAGGUGGAGACAGAACUUCAGCGGAUUGAACAAGCGUCGAUCAAAGACUAUAUUAAAGAGAGUCAGAACAUUGCCUCUUUACACAACCAGAUCACAGCUUGUGACUCAAUCCUAGAGCGAAUGGAGGGCAUGUUGAGCAGUUUUCAGAGCGACCUGUCGUCCAUCAGCAGUGAGAUUCAGACACUACAACAGCAGUCCGUCAGUAUGAACAUGAGACUGAAGAACAGACAGGCUGUCCGCAGUCAGCUCAGCCAGCUGGUGGAUGAACUGGUCGUUCCCAGCACAAUGAUAUCUGUGAUUUUGGACAGUCCCGUCACGGAGCAAGAGUUUCUGGAGCAACUUCAUGAGCUCAAUAACAAGAUCAACUUUGCUAAAGAGCUCAGCUUCAGAGAGACUCUCGCCUGCUCAGACAUACAAGACAUAGUAGAUCGUCUCAAAAUCAAAGCUGUCUCAAAAAUCCGUGAGUUCAUUCUGCAGAAAAUCUACUCAUUCAGGAAGCCCAUGACCAACUAUCAGAUCCCUCAGAACACCUUACUCAAGUACAGGUUCUUCUAUCAGUUUCUGUUGGCUAAUGAGAGGACAGUUGCUAAGGAGAUUCGGGAUGAGUAUGUGGACACCAUGAGCAAGAUCUACUUCAGUUACUUCAAAUCAUACAGCGGUAGACUGCUGAAAGUUCAGUAUGAAGAUGUAGCAGACAAAGAUGAUCUGAUGGGGGUGGAGGACACAGCCAAAAAAGGUUUCUUCUCCAAGCCAUCUUUGAAGAGCAGGAACACUAUCUUUACUCUGGGUCAGUGAGAGGCUGUUUUGAGUCCUGUGGAGCUGGAAGGGCCGAUACUGAUCCCGCACGCCGCUCAGAGAGGAGACUGCAGGUAUCCGUAUGAAACUCUCUUCCGCAGUCAGCAUUACGCUCUACUGGACAACGGCUGUCGGGAGUUCCUCUUCCUGUCAGACUUCUUUAUGGUGGCGGGAAACUCUGCGCUGGAUCUGUUCAACAGCAUCAUGGGGAAAACGCUCAGCAUGUUUCUGAAGAAUCUGGCGACGUACCUGUCGGAUUGUUAUGACAGCAUUGCGGUGUUUCUCUGCAUUCACAUCAUCCUGCGCUUCAGAGCCGUCACGGCCAAGAGAAACGUUCCUGCGCUCGACAAGUACUGGGAGGCCGUGCUGGAAUUGUUGUGGCCGAGGUUUGAGCUCAUUCUGGAGAUGAACAUUCAGAGCAUUCGAAACACUGAUCCUCAGAAACUGGGAGUACUGGACACCAGACCGCACUACAUCACGCGGCGCUACGCUGAGUUCUCUUCUGCUAUUGUCAGCAUCAAUCAAACGUUUCCUAAUGAAAGGACCAACACUCUCCUCGGCCAGCUGCAGAUCGAAGUGGAGAACUUUGUGCUAAAGAUGGCGGCUGAAUUUCCAUCCAGACGAGACCAGCUGAUCUUUCUCAUCAACAACUAUGACAUGAUGCUCAGCGUCCUCAUGGAGAGAGCCGCUGAUGACAGUAAAGAAGUGGAGGGAUUUCAGCAGCUGCUGCUGGCCAGAACACAGGAGUUUAUUGAGGAGAUUCUGUCGCCUCCGUUUGGAGGAAUGAUUGCAUUUGUGAAGGAGAGCGAGGCACUCAUGGAGAAAGGGCAACUGGACAAAUUAAAGAAUGAUGAAGCUCGUAUCACUCAGUUGGUUCGGGGAUUUUCAAACACAUGGAAGCAGUCUGUGGAGGUGAUGAGUCAGGAUGUCAUGCGUUCCUUUACCAACUUUAAAAAUGGAACCAGCAUCAUUCAGGGGGCGCUGACCCAGCUGAUUCAGUAUUAUCAUGGUUUCCAUAAGGUCCUCUCCCAGCAGACGUUUCGCAGUGUGGCAGCUCGCUCGGAGCUCAUCAACCUUCAUCAUCUGAUGGUGGAGGUGAAGAAACACAAACCAAACUUCUGAAGCUAUUCGUCUCCUGUGUGUUAACCUGAACAUGCUUGAAUGUCACUGGUAAUGUUGUUUGAUACAGCUCUAUGUUUCAUGUUCAUAUUUUUAGUGCUUAUUCUUAUGUGAGAAUUAUGGAGCGGAGAGCAUCUCAUCUGUGUAGAAGCUCCACUGUCACGAACUUUAAAAAGAAAGAAAUCAUUCCAUGUCUCAAAAUAAAUGUAUAUAAUGUCAUAACGUCUUGCAACAUUUUGUCAAUCUGAAACCGCGUUUUAAUGGCAUAAAACACGACACAUUACAUCACAUGUUCAGAUCACACCAUCACACAACAAAGCUAACGUUAAGAAAGCUUUCUAAAAACCUUUGGGAAUCAAUGUGAUCAUGAGGUCACUUGUGAACCGGAAUAUAAUUUGACAGGCAGUGUAAUUGGUGAAUGAACGAUGUAGACUGUGUUUAUCUUCACUUCAUAAUACAAUGUGUAACAAAUACUGGGAAAUGCAAUCAUCUGUUAUGGAAAUAAAAACACUGUUCCUUGUGAAAUAUGCUACGUUUAAUUGAUAUAGUGCUCAAGGACGCUUUACAUGUGUAACGGAGGCCAGCUAGUGAAGAGCUGUGCAGUGUGUAAACCUCACUCCCCGACCAACAGAGACGCUCUAGCGACAGACGCUAGAGACUGCGGUCUUUAGCCUCCUCGUUAGAGCGCCCGUCUCCCAUCCGGACCGUCGCCGGUUCGAGGCCCGCGCAGAGCGGUGCGAGUGGGACCGGUUACAUUGGUGCCGUGACCCGGAUGGGAGUGAGGUUUAGGGGGGUGAGUGUAACGGAGGCCAGCUAGUGAAGAGCUGUGCAGUGUGUAAACCUCACUCCCCGACCAACAGAGACGCUCUAGCGACAGACGUUAGAGACUGCGGUCUUUAGCCUCCUCGUUAGAGCGCCCGUCUCCCAUCCGGACCGUCGCCGGUUUGAGGCCCGUACAGAGCGGGGUGAGUGGGACCGGUUACAUUGGUGCCGUGACCCGGAUGGGAGUGAGGUUUAGGGGGGUGAGUGUAACGGAGGCCAGCUAGUGAAGAGCUGUGCAGUGUGUAAACCUCACUCCCCGACCAACAGAGACGCUCUAGCGACAGACGCUAGAGACUGCGGUCUUUAGCCUCCUCGUUAGAGCGCCCGUCUCCCAUCCGGACCGUCGCCGGUUCGAGGCCCGUGCAGAGUGGUGCAAGUGGGACCGGUUACACAUUGACAAUCAUUUCACAAUCAGUUAAACAGUUAAGUGGACAGUUAAUAGACAAUCGAUUAACAAAUCAUAAACAGACAUUUCACUAUCAAUUUGACAGUUAAAUGGACGGUUGGUAUGACUGCAGUUGCAUAUCAUGGUGCAAUAAUGUACAAGUAGAAGUAACCAUAGGAAAAUUAUAGUGUUCAUAAGUAACAAACAAAGUAUAAUAAGUACACCACAGAAAAAGAAUGGCAGUCUGUGAACUUAGUAGAAAUAUCAAGCAGAUUUCAUACUUGAGGACGAUUGAAAAAAAUACAUGUAAAAAGCUAUUGUUCUUAUUCUAUGGGCUUUCAUCUAUUUCCCCAAAUGUGUGAGAAUAUAUAUUUUUCAAUGCAUUAGCAAUGACACCAAUAAGUAAGGCAUAAUCCACGGCUAACAGUACACUAAAGGAUUUUAAUCUUUAAUGUAACGGCUAGCCGUGGAUUAUCCCUCUUAUACCAUGGCCAUUUGCCAAGUUAAAGCUGUUAUUGAUGUUUACAGUGUCAUUUUUGAUCAGUCAGGUGAAAAUGACACUUAUUUUCCUCAGUGAAUUUCAAACGUUGAUCAAACUGACUGGAACUACCCGUGCAUUAAACGGUUUUAAUGCACUCCUUCCAGCCAGGGGCGGUUCUAAGGCGAGUGGAUAUCCGGGGCUUAGCCCAGAGACUUCCACAUAUGUGUUGGAAUACAGUGGCGUAGCAAGUCAGGUCCGAGCCCAUAUGUAAAAACUUGGGUACCUCCGUCUGUUUGCGCAUAACUGGAUAUCGGUUGUUUAUUCAGGUUUGUUAUUUAAAUGUAACGUCAGACCCAAAGGGAGCGCAAACUCCCAAGCACUGGAAAGAGGGAGAAAGCGUCGCUGCCUUUAGCGGUGUGGUUAGUGCGCUGACAUAUAGUGCCUGUGCACAUGCGGCCCGAUCCGAGUUCGAUUCCCACUCCCCUGUCUCUAACCAAAGCUUUCCUGUCUUUUCUCUACUGUCCUAUCGAAUAAAGGCAAAACGCCCCUAACAUAUAACUUAAACAAAAAAGGAAAGAGGGAAAAAGCGAGCCAGCGUUUUGCACGUGUUUUUACACGCAACAUGUGAAUGGCCCUAACAUUUCUAUGAUAAAACAGUUAUCAAACAUUAAACAUUUAGCUACUCUCAUCGCGCUGCAGCUCCAUCACAGUUAAAGCCGACCUUAACCUCGGCUUCUGUCCGUAGCAAAUCCCGCCUUCUUUCAUUUGUUUGGCCACCUCAAUUAGAUUGAUAUUGACGAGCUCAUAUAAAUGAAACUUCAUUCUGUUUCGACACAGCAAGUUAAACAAGUAAUGUUGUACAAUAUACAUUAUACAAUAAUAAUAAGAGUGUAAAUGAUUGUAUGUAUUAAAAUGAUUAAAUAGAUGACAGUUAAUAAGACCUCUCUACUGCCCUUAACCUCACCAUACACUUUAUUAUAAACACCUGUAUUUUCUUCAUUUUGUUGAAAAUAAAUGCCUGUAUGAUCUGAUAUGUGAUGUGAAUGUAGUUCGGCAAAAGGUGGAUUUGAUCUUGGCUCAUAUGUAGAGUCAGUACUGCUUGUCACACAUCUUAAUCACUACGCCACUGAAGCUGCUGGGAGAGUUGCGUUGUUUUUACACUGUCAGUGUUUUUUUCCAAGAAGAAGGGCCCACUCACAUUUGCCCAUGUGUAGACAGGCAAAAUGUAAACGGCCCGUAAGUGAUUCGUACACGGCAUGGUAAUAAAACAUUCGGGGCUUCAGCCCCCUUAGCCCACCCCUAGCGCCACCACUGCUUUCAGCCAAUCAGAACCCAGUAUUCAAACACACCAUGGUCUAACAAACUAAAAACAACAUGAAUACAUGGAUUAAAGUUCUCCGUUAUGGCAAGCGAUUUUGUCAUUUAAUCCUUGACGUUUACUAGUAUCUAUUUUUAGGCUA